UAAUGCCGGUAGCCUUACUUUACGCCUUUUACUUAUAAUACUGAAGUUGUAUUUGAUUCAGAAUAUUAUUUAUUAAUAUUCUACGUUAUGUAAUGACGGAACUUUCAUGUAACCGAACAAUUUUUUUCUGUUUAUAUUGGUCGUUUUUUCACUAUUCACCGCCAAAACAGGAAGUUGACAUGUGGUCUGCUGUUUACAUUUUGGCAGACCGGUUGGAAAGAGCAUAUUGAUCACAGAGUUGAUGUCAAGCCAAGCAAAACUAAACGAUGAAAACCACAAUUUUUCCUCUCCUUUUUGUGACUGCAUUUAUUCAAAUCUCAUUAUCGAAAAAGAAAGAUAGUUUCGGUGUAAGAGAAUUUUUAGACAAAGAAAAGAAGAAGUUUACGGCACCUUGUCCAAAAAAGAUAACAUCAAGCAGCAUCAACCGUUUAAGGUGGACAGCGGAGACUGACCAAGCAAUAUCAUGCAUACUUGUUGCACUGGAUGCCAAGGAAAAUGAUGGAUUCCAGUGGUCUGCACUUGGUACACUUUACCAGAGGAAAGGUCAGACAUCUCAAGCGGUCUCCUGUUUCAAACAUGCAUCAAAACUGUCUGGAAAGGUCAGCCCAUUUGUUACCUCCUGGGAUUUUAUUGGACCAUUUGUCAUAGGAAAAAUGGAGCUUGAUGGUGAUCCACUGGAACCGUUUGGUGGUGUUUUUGAAGUUUCCAAAAAAAGGAACAACAAAAAUAUUAAAUUUUUCUCUGAGUUGGUUCCUGGAGGAGAAAUAAAAUGGAAAUCAUUCAAGCAGUCAGUUGCUGGUGAAACCAUUAAAAUAAGCCCACAAGUAAACUGGAAUGACUUGGUAAACUCCCUCAGUUCCAUCGGGAUUACUGAAUGGCAGGGUUGGGUAGUAGGGGAGUUUGCUGUGAAUGAGAAAGACCAGCUGGUGGUGUUCCAGUGUUUGGAUGUCCACACAUUUUAUAUUGAUGGCAGACCAAUGACAGGAGAUGUAUACCGUAGGGAUGUGUUCUGGACCACUACACACUUGUCGCAGGGUGUCCAUACAAUCUACAUUCGCCUACGCUCGAAAGUGUCUGCAACUUUCAAGUGUUCCAUAAAGAUACCUGAAUCUAGCCUUGAAAUUCUCCCUUCUCACUUCCUUCCUGAUCUUGUAAAUGGUCACCUAUUUGGUAAACAUGUUGCUGUUCCAAUGACAAAUAACCAUCAUUCUAAAUGGGUUCGGGUUUCCAAGGUAUCUGUGACUGACCAGUCAGAAGGACAUGUACUGAGGAGUCAUUUGCUCCAUCCUGUUAAUAUUGCUCCAGGUCAAACUGUGUCGGUCCUAUUUUCAUUGGAGACUGCCGAUAACGGGAUUGUGUUGACAAGGUGCACCACUUUAAAUGUGAUCCUGUCCAUUACCACAUCAAUGGGGACCAUACCCUUCAAGGUCAAUCUCCGCUGUAGGAAGCCCGGAGAGUCCUUCCUCUUUACAUUUUUAGACCAUGAUGGAUCUGUGCAGCAUGCAGCAGCCAUAGCUCCUAUUAGUGGCUGUGGAGGUGCCGCCUGUCCUACCCUUCUCACACUACACGGCACCACUGUUCCACCACAGAACCAGGCUGACAGCUACAAGGUGAUGAGGAAUGGAGAAUAUGUAUUUGGAAUCCCACAUGGUUGGUUGCUGGCUCCAACAAGACAUGGUGCCCACAACUGGGAGGGUCCUGGCAGUCUCACGGCUAUAGCAGCUCUGGACAGACUGGUAUCGCUAACUCAGUCCUGUGAAUGGAUCACUGAAAAGGCAGACAACUCUAGGGUACUGUUUGCUGGUCACUCUAUGGGUGGACAUGGAGCAUGGCACCUAGCCACACACUUCCCUGACCGAGCCCUCGGGUUGCUGUCACUUGCAGGAUGGAUCAAGAAGGAGGAAUAUGGUGACAGCAACCUUUUCUUCAGGCAUGAUUUAGCCACAAGUCAUGUUGAUCCUGCCACCAAAUCUGUGAUGGAGGCCUGUAUAGCGGAGAACGAUGCUGAUAGACAUGUCACCAACUUACAGGACAUCCCUGUGUUCGCCAGGAUUGGUGCAAAUGACCGCACUGUUCACCCAUUCUUCAUGAGAAGGAUGUACCGACUACUGAGCGAGAUACAAGUCAUGAUCAACUAUACAGAACUGCCAGACAAGGAACACUGGUGGUGGGACACAUGGGAAACCAAUGAUGGCGGGGUUGUGAAUGACCGACAACUGAGGGAGUUUACAGAUAGUAUUACCCAGACAGAUGCCAGCUGUGAUAGUGAGGGCUGUGACCGUGCAAAGGACAAUAAAUAUACAUUGAAGAGGGAGGAAAAGUUUAUCUACACCUGCUACAACCCAGCCCUAGGGGAGGGUCUCAAUGGUUUACAGAUCAUCCAGCAGAGGGCACCACUUCGCCUCAGUACAAUAGAAGGAUUUACAAAAAAUGACCAAUUUUGGCUGAAGACAACCAAUGUUCGAUCUUUUUUGAUGAUGGAACCGAAGAUAAGAAGGAUGGAGUGGAAAAACAAAGUGCUCAAGAUUGAUGACACUGUUGUGGACAUUCAAGAUACAAACAAGUUUGAGACUGAUGGUGUGCUUUUUUGUAAUAAAAAAGGUGAUUGGGUACAGUGUGAUGUGGAAGGGAGAAAGGCCACGACCUAUGGACCUGCAAGACGAGUAGCAGAGCGACCAUUCGUUAUUGUUAUAGAUAUGGAUUCUGAGUAUGGCGUUGAGAUCCAGAGUCUGGCUGUUUACAUCGCUAAUCUGUUCUUCCUAACAUCUGAUACAUUCGCUCCCAUAGUGAGACUAAGUGAUGUCACAGACAAAACCAUAGAUGAAAGUAACCUGAUUAUCUUAAGCCUGUUACCUACCAUACUUGGAGCGUUAGAAUUGCUUCCUGACCUAACUUCAACAGAUUCAGUGAUAAAACUUGGGGAUUGUAAAUUUGCUGAGCCUCGGAGUGGUCUGAUGACACUUGCCCCUCACAAGACACAGAAGGAUGGCUUGGUGAUGUUCCUGUCAGCUAACUCUAUAGAGGGUCUGAGGGAUGUAGUGUCUCUAGCCACACCUACCAUUCCUCCCAUGACAAGGUCACCAUUUUCCAAUCUACUGCCCGACUAUGUGGUGACAGGGCCAGACUUUGGAUGGAAAGGACCUGGUGGAUUUCUGUGUGCAGGUUUCUGGGGAAAUCACUGGGAAUAUCGACCAGAUUUGUCUUCAUGUGUAUGUCAUAGUUAGUACAGGUUACAGUGUACUCAUAUGUAGAACAUUCUCUGGAUAUUGUCUCAUUAUUUAAUUGACCUGAAUUAGGUUGUUACUUAUUAGUCAUAUUAUAACAUUUUGUCGUUACAAUGAAAGAUAAAUGAAUAUUUGCUGUAAAAGUAACAAGAAAAAUUUGACUCUGAUAUCUCAAUACAUAUGCAAAUUGGUAAUCUAUUCUGUUGAUUCAGUAAUCUGUGGGCCUGCAGUAGAUUUAUUCUUUUACCUUUAAAGGGUAACUGUUAAAUUUUAAUGAUAGAGAAGAAUGUUUAUAGGUAUUGGCACGAAAUUAGAUUAGUUAUCUAAGUCUGUGGUAUUGGUAUUUGAUUGCAGACAAAAUAGAGCCUAAUAAUGUCAAUAGUUGUACACUUCGAUACUUAAAAAUCCUUCACUUUUCAUUAAGGAUGCUAUAAAAUAGAAAAGCUUAGGGUUAACUUAAACAGAACGUAAUGUAAAUAUAACUGAUGUCAGAUCUAUCUGCCUGAAAAUAUUAAUAUUUACUGUCAUAAUUCCAGGCAUUCACAGCCAACAUAAAAAUAGAAAGAAAAAAAAUUGUUGUAGAAAACUUCAGUCAUAUAUUGUCAAAGUACAGGUGCUCUCUCAUUAUUAAUAUAGCAGGAAGGUUAUUGUGACAUGACAUUUACUACUCGGUGGUGGUGGUGGUGGUCUUGUGGAGUUUGGUACAUGUAUGUGUACUUGCUAAUAUGAUAAUCUUAAUUGGAUGAAUGUGUAUAUGACAUUUUGAUACAUUUGUAUAUACUACCUUACACUUAUGACUGUGAUUUGUGUUGGAUUCACCUCCCAUAUGAAGCAUUAGAUUAGCAUUACCUAAUAAUGAAGAGUUUGCCAAGAUUUAUACCCAAGAAGCGAAGUCUGGUCUGGAUUUGCCUGGAGGUAUGGGGGAGUUACCUGGAUGCUGGGUGUCUUAUCUGUUUUUAAAAAGUGAAGAAUACAGUAAAAGUAGGAGACAUGGUAGUCUAGUGGUACGACGCCGGGCUCAUGACCGAAGGGUUGCGAGUUCGACCCACGUCACGGCAGUGUGUCACCCUCUGCCUGUGAGAUUUUGCUGUUAUAAAGUUGUUUAGCAAUAUAUCUUGGGAUAUUAAUAAUAAAGAUAUUGUUUAAAAACCGGAAAAGAGAGUGCUGCAUAUGUUUCAUUGUAAUUCUUAACGUUUAUCUGUAUGCAAUAUAGUUGUUACCGAUGCAAAUAAUUGUUAAUUUGCAGAGUGAUUUCCCUUUUUAAGCAAAACGGUCUUGUUCAUGUAACUUGUCCCUCAUGUGUGUUCAUCAUUUUGAAAUCUGGUAGGGUUCAUCACCACUCAUUCUCUAGUAAUUGCAUUUUUUUAGAAAUGUAGUUUUUUACUAUUACUGCCUAUUUUAUAACAUCCUGUCAUUGAUAUAUGUCAUUGAUUGACUUUAAACUCAUUCCAAUUUUUCAAUAAAAUAUUACUGCA